AUGCACACUCACUACUCGCCAGACUCGGAGAUGAGCCCGGAACGUCUGGUCGCGCGGUGCCUGCAGGUCGGAUUGAACUGCAUCGCGGUCACGGACCACAACACGACCGAGGGCGCGUUCGUAGUUCGUGAAAUUGCACCGUUCAUGGUCAUCAUCGGCGAGGAAGUGGGCACAGAAGAGGGUGAGGUUACAGGGCUUUUCUUACAGGAGACGAUUCCCCGAGGGCUGACUCCGGUCGAGACUGCUCAGAGGAUCAGGGAGCAGGGCGGACUAGUGAGUCUCCCCCACCCUUUCGACAGGUUCAGAAGCGAGGUGAUAACCUGCAGGGGAAUCGAGGACGUUCUGCCGUAUGCAGACAUCGUAGAGGUGUUCAACUCGCGCAACAACAUGGACGCAGACAACCGAAAGGCCCACGAGUUCGCGAGGGAGCAUGGACUUCUGACAUCGGGUGUAAGCGACUCCCACACUCCUAUCGAGCUGGGCAGAACUUACGUGACGAUGCCCGAAUUCGACGGGACGCCGGCGGGUUUCAAAGAGGCGUUGGCACAGGGAACGAUUCACGGCAGGAAGAUGACACCCCUGAUCCACGCGGCAACCACGUUCACCAAGAUCAAGAAACGGCUACUGGGACGACGCUGA